CAUGAGUCCCUGUAAAUCAGUUGACGUGCACCUGCAGCUCCCGUCAUAUUUAUGCAACAGCUGAGGAGGAACCAAACAAGUUGUUCAGGUUUGAGCCGCGUUUUUGUUCUUUUUACACUCGCGAGUCCUCAUCGAUCACAUCGGGCUGCUUUUUAAAAACCACCUCGUCGGAUCGGAUGGACACGGAUCGUUUGUCUGUCAUCCGAGGAAGUCGUCUAAUCUUAGCGGUGAAACGUAGACCCCCCCCCCCCCCCUCGCUCAGAGGGCGGCUGGGUUUAGGACUCGUUUACGGGGACUCGGUCAGUGUUUGCUACCUGCGAUCUGCGUGAGGACGUUAGCAUGAGAGACACAGUCUGCAGGCUGCAUGGUAACCUGGACUUGAUGCAUGGCAGUUGCAUGACCGCAGGAGGUCUUGUUGCGGGACUGGGAGCACGCGGCUGCAGCCAUGGCUCAAACCAUGCACGUGAAUGGCAACGGCCCAGGACAAAGAUGCCCGAGCACGGAGGACGAGAAGGACUCCGUGGCCCCCUACUACGUUGAAACCCCCUACGGUUAUCAGCUGGACCUGGACUUCCUCAAGUAUGUCGACGACAUUGAGAGGGGCAACACCAUCAAGAAGCUGAGCAUCCAGAGGAAGCCCAAACUGGCCAAACCCUUGGCGGUGCCUCGGGGCAGCACUGGCGGGGGCAGCACUCGGGCCGAAUGGACCUCCACCGACUCCCUGUCCUCCUCCAACAGCGACGACAAGCAGUCCCCGGUCUUCUUCGGCGCCCGGCCCCAGGUCGCCGCGCCGCUGACCCCCACCUUCUCCAGAGCCCCCUGUGAAGCCCCCCUGCAACAGUCCUGCUCGAGCGUCGCGGAGCAGAAGCCGCUCCUGCCGCCUCCUUCGCCGAGGUUCGCCCCCCGUCGCAACCCCCAGGUGGAGAAGACCCUCAUGGAGACACGCCUUCGCCUCGAGCAGGAGCGCCUGCUCGUGCAGCCGCACGGCGAGCCGCCGAUGCCCCGCCGCCGGCUCGCCAGCUUCGGCGGCAUGGGCUCCAGCAGCUCGCUGUCCUCUUACUCGGGCUCCGUGGCCACGAGCCAGAUCUCUCCCAGCGCCCAUCAGCUUCUCCCCAUCAACGGCCACCUCCCCAACGGGGAGUACAACCUCUACUACCCGCCAUCCGUGGGCAGCUCCAUCCGUCACAGCCCCAUGAGCUCCGGCAUGGCCACGCCCGUCACGAACGUCAGCCCGUUGCACCUCCAGCAGAUCCGGGAGCAGAUGGUCGUGGCCCUCAAGAAGCUCAAGGAGCUGGAGGAGCAGGUGAAAACCAUUCCCAUCUUGCAGGUUAAGAUUGCCGUGCUUCAGGAAGAGAAAAGACAAUUGGCUGCUCAGUCCAAAAAUCAAGGUCCCGGCGGCUUUCGCAAGCGCUCCUACAGCGUGGGCAGCGCCGACCAAAUGGAGAACCCGGGCCCCGUCCAAAAGGAAACGGAGCUGCACAUCAUGGAGCCCGAAGCCCAGGAACAGAACGCUCAGCGGCUGGAGGAGUUCAGGCGUCUGGCCGCCGAGGUCCAAGCUCUGGAGACGACGACGGCCCUGGACAACGAAACUCGGCCUCAGAAGCUCGUGCAAAACCAGCCCCAGCAAAAGUCCGUCGGCGUAGUUACCGACGAAAACAUGAACAGCCUUCCCGUCCACCGGGGGGCGGACGUGCACCGUUUCCGGGACGCCGGCGUAUCGACCGAGGCGCGGGAAACGCGCAGCGCCGCGGUGGGCGUGACCGAGGCCAUGCUGGGCAUGACCGGCGAGGCCGAGAGGGAGAUCGAGCUCCAGCAGCAGACCAUCGAGGCCCUGAAGGAGAAGAUCUACCGCUUGGAGGUGCAGCUGAAGGAAACCACGCACCAAAUAGAGAUGGGAAAGCUCAAGCUGGAGCUCCAAGCGGCCGGCGGGUCGAACAAGAAAAAAGUGGACAAAGGUUCGAUGGCGAGGCCCGAGAUGUACAACGCCUGCGUGGAGGCCAAAGUCCAGACGCGCAGCCUGGGGGUGGGCGAGCGUCUGGACUCGGCUAAAACUCGGAGCGUCGCCGCAGGCCCGGAGCUCCCGAUGGACCGGUGGGUGGUGCGCGAGCGCGUGGAGGUAAGCGACCAGUGCGUCGGGAGGCGGGUGGAGACGCGCGACCAGCCGGCGGGCACGGAGGAGCGGAGCGCUCGCGAGGCGGCCGUCAACACGGAGGAGUCGGUCGACAGCCUGGCGCUCUGCAAACCCAUGACGGAGCUGAGCAAAGAGUCGCGGUCGGUCGGCUGCGGCGACUGCUCGGUGGACGUGGUCGUCGGCCCCGUCAAGACGCUGCUGUCGCGAGGAACCGACCCGGAUUACGUCGGCAAGGCGGACUCCGGCGUCACGGCCGCGCCCGAGUCGGCCACUCGGGAGACCAACACCGAGACGCGGGUGGCGAGCAAAUCCACCAACACGGAGACGUGCGUCCUGACCGACUCGUUCACCGACACCGGGGUGACCGCUUGCGACAAACACACCAACACGGCAGCCGCCGCCGAAACGAGGACGGUCGCCGCCGGCGACGGGCUCAUCAAAGACGUUCACUCGACGGCGAACACGCGCUCGAUCGCCGUCGGGACCGCCACGGACGCGGAGUCCUUCCUCGGCAGAUCGAGCUCCACCAGAACCAAAGAAUGCGGGGUGGGGCCGGUGAGCGUCCAGGAGAACUUCCUGGUUGGAUUAAAAACCAGGAACAUAGCAUGCGGGCCCUCCCAUCCGGAGGUCGAGGCCGUCGAGGAGGUCGAGGUCGCGCCGCCGCAGGCUCAAGCCCAGGGGGGCGCCGGACUGGACCACUACAUCGAGCGGGUCCAGAAGCUGCUGCAGGAGCAACAGAUGCUGCUGGCGGAGAACUACAGCGAGCUGGCGGACGCCUUCGGCCAGCCCCAGUCCCAGUUCGGAUCCAUCAACAGCCAGCUGGUCAGCACGCUGUCGUCCAUCAACUCGGUCAUGAGGUGCGGCAGCGCCGAGGACAUCCGGAAGCUGCCGGCGGGCGAAGAGAGCGGUCGGCAGCUCGGCGCGGAGCGGUCUCACCUGGAGGCGCUGCCUUCGUGCGGCCCGGCGGCUGCAGAGGAAGCUGCCAGCACACCUGUGCCGCAGCUCAGCGCCGCGGAGCAGAAGAGCCGCAUGGUGCUGCAGAUGUCGACGGCGCUGCACGGGCAGCCGUGCAGCCAGAGCACCCUGAAGUCCAUCAUGAAGAAGAAAGAUGGCCGACCCGACGCCAACGGCACCAAGAAGAACCUGCAGUUCGUCGGCGUGAACGGAGGGUAUGAGACGACGUCAAGCGACGACUCCAGCUCAGAGGACAGCAGCUCCUCGGGGUCGGACGACGACGAGGAGGAGGAGGAAGAUGAGAAGGAGCAAUAUAAGAACGUGGAGGCGAGGAGCACCGUGGAGUUUCAGCCCGAGGGAGCAGAGGAUGUGAAGAGGGAGGAGGAGGAGGAGGAAGAGGAGGAGGAGGAGGAGGAACGUUCAGAGAAGCAGGAGAUGAGAGAAAGGUGCGAACUCAGCGAGAAGAUGCUGGCCGCGAGCAACGUUCUCAAAACUCACCUCAGUGACCCGAAAGCCGUGAGCAGCAAAGAUCUGAGAGCCGGCGUCAACACGGUGCAGCACGAGUGGUUCCGCGUGUCCAGCCAGAAGGCGGCGGAGGCGGCCGCGGUGGAGGACUACCUGGGCGCCUUCGGGGCCGUGUCGCCGGCCGUGCUGCGCCACGUGGUCAACAUGGCCGACGGCAACGGCAACACGGCGCUGCACUACAGCGUGUCGCACUCCAACUUCCAGGUGGUGAAGGAGCUGCUGGACGCAGAUGUGUGUAACGUGAACCAGCAGAACAAGGCCGGGUACACGCCCAUCAUGCUGGCCGCGCUGGCCGCCGUGGAGUCGCCCAAGGACAUGCGCAUCGUGGAGGAGCUCUUCAGCAAAGGGGACGUCAACGCUCGAGCCAGCCAGGCCGGUCAGACGGGGCUGAUGCUGGCGGUCAGCCACGGCAGGAUGGACAUGGUCCGGGCGCUGCUGGCUCACGGCGCCGACGUCAACGUCCAGGACGACGAGGGCUCCACGGCGCUGAUGUGCGCCAGCGAGCACGGCCACGUGGAGAUCGUCAGGCUGCUGCUGGCUCGGCCCGGAUGCGACGCCACGCUGAGCGACGGCGAUGAGAGCAACGCCCUGUCCAUCGCUCUGGAAGCAGGACACAAGGACAUUGCCGUGUUGCUUUACGCGCACGUCAACUUCUCCAAAGCCCAGUCACCUGGGACACCUCGACUCGGCAGAAAAACGUCACCGGGUUGCACUCGGAGGAGCAUGUUUGAUUAGAGGCCCCGCCUCUCCCCCACAAACCCUGCGCUGCUAUUGGUUCACGCUGAAUGAAGGGACCCACCCACCAACCAAUGAGAUUCCUGGAAAUAUAUAUAUAUAUAUAUGCACACUGACGAGCCCAAAGUGCCCUUUUUUGAGUAAGAACGUAACCGGCUGGUGCCUCGAGUCAGCAAACCAACACAGAUACAACAUUAACUACUAAAUGACUUGUUUUCUUUCUUUCUUCUUCUUCGUUAUUCUUUUUGCAAUUUGACAGCUUUAUUUUAUUUUUUUUUCUAAAGCUCAAUGUUGAUCAUUCAAGAGCACCAAAACAUUAUUAUUUUUGUAUUUCUUUUCUGUUUCUUUCGUUGCUUCGCCUCCCAGAUGGAGAAUAAUCCACCCGCCUGUUAGAGGAAGUACUUCCUGUGUGUAUAUAUAUCGCUGGCCUCGAAGUCCCGCCCCUCUCUCACGUGCGCCCAGCUGUUCGACGAAUAGACGCCUCAUCUAGAACUGGAGAAAUUGUACUUUUUAUACAAAUCCUUUGUAUCUAUUUAAAAGAGAAGAAAUCGCAGUAUUUUGAAUAUUUCCUAUUGCUACUUAACGACACGUGAAGUUAUAUAUUUAUCAAAGUAUAGUUUUUAAUGCAGAUAUAUGUAUUUCAUUGUACAUACAGUGGUCAUUAGUUUAGUUUGUUUCUCCUUUUUUUUUUGUGUCCAGUUUCUCGUCGUCCGUCUCACGUGUAACACGUCUGUCCUCUCGUGUCCAUCGAUGGUUCUGACUUUCAGCCUUUCGAUGAGAAUUGAAGUGCCUGAGACUUCGCCAUAUUACAAUAAACACCAAUUAAAGAAUAUA